AUGAACCCAUCCAUUCCACCUUCGACUGCUGAAUACGGUGGAGAUGAGGUUUCAGCUAUCGUACUUGAUCCUGGGUUUUCGACAACGCGCGCCGGCUUUGCAGGCGAAGACACGCCGAAGUCCCUGAUCCCAACAUACUAUGGGAAAUACACCUCCGAGGGACAGGACAGGCUGAUCUUCAGUGAUGACGUCUUUGUCACCCCGCGCCCUAGCUUGUCCGUCCACAACCCAAUGGGCCGAGAUGGAAUUGUGGAGGAUUGGGACAUGGCAGAGAAAGUGUGGGAGUAUUCUUUUACGUCGCGUCUCACGGGCCCUAGACCGGGAAAUCCAUUCCAAAAUGGUCUGAACGAUAUUGCUGAUGGAGAGCUUCCCACAGAGAUGGAGGGAGUGGAAACUGAGGAAAAGCCUCUCGCGGACAGUCCGCUCUUGAUGUCUGAAUGUGGCUGGAACCCUACAAAAGCGCGUGAAAAGACCAUCGAGAUCGCGAUGGAAAAAUGGGGAACACCGGCUUUCUAUUUGGCAAAAAACGGCGUUCUGGCAGCCUUCGCAUCCGGGAAAGCUUCUGCCCUUGUUGUUGACGUCGGUGCUUCUAAUAUCUCCGUAACCCCAGUGCACGAUGGGAUGGUUUUAAAACGUGGGGUUCAGCAUUCCCCUCUAGGCGGCGACUACAUUUCAUCACAAAUCCGCGCUCUUUUCAAGGCUAACACACCACAACCUAUUACCAUCACCCCUCAUUACCUCAUUUCCUCGAAAACUGCUGUCGACGCAGGUCAACCUUCGCAGGCAAAGUACAAGACUUUCCCACCUGGAAAGGCACCGGACGCUUCAUACCGCACUCUGCUUGAAGAGCGAACCCUUUCCGAGUUCAAAGAGUGCGUGGUCCAGGUGUGGCCUGGACCCAACAAGCUCUCUGCAACGGGCCCGAGUGGGGUCUCGAACGAGGAAGUGGCUAAAAGCAACCCUGGACGGCCAUUCGAGUUCCCAGACGGUUACAACCAAGUAUUCGGUCUUGAUCGCUAUAGAGUGGUGGAGUCCUUAUUCGAUGCAAAAGCUGCUAUCCCAGACACGGAGUCGCCAUUCCCCGCUCCAACACAGGCUCAGACUGUGCCUGAGCUAAUCAAGAACGCACUCAACGGGGUUGACGUUGACAUCCGCCCGCAUUUAUUAGCUAAUGUCGUCGUAACGGGUGCAUCCAGCUUACUCCAUGGCUUCACCGACCGCCUCAACCAAGAACUUAUGCAGACUUACCCAGGACCACGGGUUAGGAUCUCCGCGCCAGGCAACACGGCCGAGCGCAAAUUCGGGUCUUGGAUUGGAGGAAGUAUCCUUGCUAGCUUGGGAACUUUCCAUCAAAUGUGGAUUUCGAAGAAGGAAUACGAAGAACAUGGCCCGACUAUCGUCGAGAAGCGCUGCAAGUAA